AUGGGAAUAGGGAAUGUGGGUUUGGGAAAAACUUCAGCCACAUUUAAGCCCUUACAGUGCAUCAUCAGAAAACUUGCACAUUGGAGACGUCCUGUGAUAAUACCGUACACAGGGAAUCUCAGUUCUCAGUCUACCUUCAAUAUACAUCAGAGAACUCACAUAAAGGAGGAGUCCUAUGUGUAUCUUGAAUGUCAAAAAUUCUUCUCUAGGAGGUCAUCCCUUUUACAUCAAAUAAGUCACAAAGUUGAGAAAACCUAUGAAUGUAAUGAAUGUGGGACAAUUUUCCCUGAAAAUAAUCUCUUACAGUUCAUCAGAGAACAACUCAGAGGAGGACCCUUUGAAUGUACUGAAUGUGGGAAAUCUUUCUGUAGGAAAUCAAACCUUAUACUUCAGAGAAUUCACACAGGGAAGAAACCCUCUGAAUGUAAUGAAUGUGGUAAAGCUUUCAACUAGAAAUCAGGCCUUAGACUGUAUCAGAUAACUCACAAAGAUCAGAAAUCCUAUAAAUGUGAUCAACGUGGGAAACUUUUCAGAGUUUUCAGGCGUAAAAAGCCAUCAGAUGAAUCACACAAGGGAGAAAUCCUAUAAAUGUGAUGGAGUAGGGAAGAUUUCCCCCAGAAGUAAAACCAUGAAAAGAAUCAGAAAACUCACAGGGAUGAAACUUACAAACGUAAUGCGUAUGGAAAAGCUUUCAGCCACACAUCAAACCUUGCACUGUAUCAGAGAACUUACACAUGUGAAUGGGCCUGCCAGUGUCAGGGAUCUUGGAGUACUUUUAGGCAGAUCACAGUUCCAAGAACAUCAGAGAACUCAUGGGAGGAAUUCUAUAAAGGUGGUGAAUGUAGGAUAACUUUCAGCCACAAGUCAGAGCUAAGAAAAGGUUGGAGAACUCAAGACAGGGGACCAAAACCUUUUUAGCAAAUGAACAUGGAAGUUUCUCAUUAAACAUAUGAUAAUUUUUUUUUUUUUUUUUUUGAGACAAGGUCUUGCUCU